AAUUUUAUUCCUUUAAAUAGGAUAUAGAUAUAGUUAACUAGAUUUUACCGCUCGGGCCUCAAGAAGUGAGUGUACGGGGGAGGGGAGAAGUCAAAACUUGACAUAGACUUCCUCGUCACCCCCCCCCCAGGUACAAUGAUUUCUACUCCUCAUUUAUCUCUCUCCCGAAGUCUGGCUGCUUUAAAAGUCUUCGCUGGAACGCUGGAAGAAGAGGCUGUGGACUUUAUGUUAGAGUUGGGCUCUGUUCACACCUGGGAGGGGAUGACUAGCCUGAGCUUCUGCGGUUAGAUCUGGGAGUCUGUGGACUUUUGAUACUUCCAAGAUGGUUCAAUCCAGGGAGAAUUCCAGUUACUGUCCUCCUGGUCUGCUCUCUGGUCCUUACCCAGACUUCCUAACUUGAGCUCCUGUUUGUUCCUGCUCUGUGACUCUUCAUGGCUGACAAGAAACUGGUAGUGGUUUUUGGAGCAACAGGUGCCCAAGGCGGCUCAGUUGCCAAGACUCUCCUAGAAGAUGGGACCUUCAGAGUUCGUGUGGUGACUCGAAACCCCCAGCAAAAAGCUGCAAAACAUCUGAGGCAUCAAGGGGCAGAGGUGGUGCAAGGAGAUCAGGAUGAUGAGAAGAGCCUGGAGCCAGCCCUGGCAGGGGCCUAUGCAGCUUUCAUUGUGACCAACUUCUGGGAGAAUCUCAACCAGGAGCAGGAGAUUAAACAGGGUAAACUCCUGGCUGAUCUGUCCAAACGCCUGGGCUUGAGUUAUGUGGUCUACAGUGGACUGGAGAAUGUGAAGAAGCUGACAGGUGGCCGGCUGAUAGCCAGGCACUUUGAUGGCAAAGGGGAGGUUGAGGAAUACUUCCGGGCUUUGGGUGUACCAAUGAUCAGUGUCCGGCUGCCCUGCUACUUUGAAAACCUUCUCACCUACUUCCUACCCCAGAAAGCCCCUGAUGGAAAUGGCUACUUGCUGAGUCUGCCCAUGGGUGAUGUCCCGAUGGAUGGAAUGUCAGUGGCCGACCUGGGUCCUGUGGUGCUCAGCCUGCUGAAGUCCCCAGAAGGUUAUGUGGGUCGAAACAUUGGGCUUAGCACCUGCAAGCACACAGCCACAGAAUAUGCCUCCCUUCUCUCUCAAUACACUGGGAAGACUGUCCAUGAUGCCAAGACUUCACCAGAGGAUUAUGAGAAGCUUGGCUUCCCCGGGGCACAGGACCUGGCCAACAUGUUCCGCUUCUACACCAUGAAUCCAGACCGCGAUGUGGAGCUGACCUUGAAACUCAACCCCAAGGCCAGAACUCUGGAACAGUGGUUAGAGCAGCACAAAGAAGCUUUUGCAGACCUGUGAAUACUUCUACUGCUGCAUUCCUACCAGACCCAGAAUCUUAGCAGUUAGCUCCUGCAAGCUUGUUUUGUUUUGUUAAUUGUUUUAAGGCCAUUGUACUUACCUGUAGUUUCUAAAAUAAAAUACUUUGUUUCUAUUCUGGAGCUCCAACCAAACUUGUAGCAGACAUGGUUAAAAUUCUAGCUAGGAACAGCUGGUUGGAAUUGUAGCAUGAGAGUGAGGAGUAGAGGAUGGCUCAGGUUGUGAUCCUGGGUGCUGAUGGUCUUAACAGAAUUAUGCAGGUUUGAAGGAGUGGG